AUGGGAGACUGGAAUUUCCUGGGUGGGAUUUUGGAGGAGGUGCACAUCCACUCCACCAUGGUGGGCAAGAUUUGGCUUACCAUCCUCUUCAUCUUCCGUAUGCUGGUGCUGGGAGUGGCAGCAGAGGAUGUGUGGAACGAUGAGCAGUCUGAUUUCAUCUGUAACACGGAGCAGCCCGGUUGCCGAAACGUCUGUUACGACCUCGCCUUCCCCAUCUCGCUCAUCCGCUACUGGGUGCUCCAGGUCAUCUUCGUGUCUUCGCCAUCACUGGUUUACAUGGGCCACGCUCUCUACCGCCUUCGGGCCCUGGAGAAAGAACGGCAGAGGAAAAAGAUGGCAUUGCGGCGCGAGUUGGAAGCCGUGGACGUGGAGAUGGCGGAGGCCAGGCGGAGGAUCGAGCGGGAGCUUCGGCAGCUGGACCAAGGCAAGCUCAACAAGGCCCCUCUGAGAGGAUCUCUACUGCGCACCUACGUGGCUCACAUCGUCACCCGCUCGGCCGUCGAGGUCGGUUUCAUGUCCGGGCAGUACGUCCUCUAUGGCUUCCACCUCGAUCCCCUCUUCAAAUGUGAACGGGACCCUUGCCCCAACGUGGUGGACUGCUUCGUUUCCAGGCCGACGGAGAAGAGCGUGUUCAUGGUGUUCAUGCAGUGCAUUGCAGGCAUCUCGUUGUUCCUGAACAUUCUAGAGAUCAUGCAUCUGGGCUACAAGAAGCUCAAAAAGGGCAUCCUGGAUUUUUACCCACAUCUGAGGGAUGAAUCGGAUGACAACUAUUACCCCAACAAAUUCAAGAAGGAUUCGAUGGUGCAGCAGAUGUGCAUAGGUACUUCAACCGGACGCAAAGCCACGAUCCCCUCCGCCCCCAGUGGCUACAAUCUCCUGCUGGAGAAACAACAGGAUCCUGGCUAUCCUCCUCUUAUCAACCCUUCCUCUGCCUUUCUUCCUGUCCAGGCUGAUUUAAUGGCCAAAACCGGUUCAGAUGCUCCGAAAGAACCCCAGCACAGUCCCACAGAACACAACAGCAACUCCAACAACACUAGCAGCGACACCCGCUCACCAGCCUGCGAGUCCAUCACUCCCCCAAAGCAGGAUGAAUCUGAGGAGUCUGCCCACCCCCCACAAGGAGAGUCCAAGGCUCCAGACUCCCCAAGCCUCCCCAGGGACUCUUCGCAUGCGUCCUCCUGUCCAACUCUGUUGGCAAGUGCGGUGAAGAGGCCUUGGAAGGUUAGCGCACCCUGGAACUGCUCCACGGUUGUUGAGGGCAAUGCGUCCGACUCAGACUCUUAUGGAGGCGGCAUGGCUCGCAGUGGGUACGCCACUGUCCGUGCACGAACUGCAUCCAGGUCCGACCCUAAGCGCUCAAGCCGACCCACCACUCCAGACUCAAUCGAAGAGUCCAGCUCAGAGUCACGGCACAGCCCGAAGCCGACGUCCCCAAGUCGGCGUACAUCAUUGGCAAGUUCCGCAAGCAGCAGGCGAGCUGCCACAGAUCUCCAGAUCUGA